AUGGCAACUUUUGCCUUUUCAAACUGUAGGAGAUCAGGGACAGCAGCACGACCUGCGCGGGCCGCCACGCAGCUCGUGCCAAGGACGGGGGCUCUAAAGCGCCAGAACCAGCGCCGUCUGGAUGUCACAGCGGGGUCCUUCGUUUUCGUCAUCGCUACCGGGCCCGUUCACGAGGCGCAGCGGGGAGACCUGCUGCCUCCUCCGCCGCUGCCGCCGGACAUCCGUGUGUCUGAGGGCAUCCAGACUUCUCCCCUCAGUUACGUUUCUGAAAGAUUCACAACCUCUUCGCAAUCUUUCAUCGCAAGUCAAGCCCUCUGGCCGCGCUUUCUGCUCUCCCCACUGGCUUUCCAGUUUCAGAAAGAGACAAACAACAAAAUGAACAAUCCAGCUAUUAAGAGAAUAACAAAUGAAAUAAUCAAAUCACCUGAGGAUAAACGAGAAUAUCGUGGACUAGAAUUGGCAAAUGGCAUUAAAGCUCUUCUCAUUAGUGACCCCACCACCGAUAAGUCUUCAGCAGCACUUGAUGUGCACAUAGGUUCCUUGUCUGACCCUCCCAACAUUGCUGGGCUUAGUCAUUUUUGUGAACAUAUGCUGUUCCUGGGAACCAAGAAAUAUCCAAAAGAGAAUGAGUAUAGCCAGUUUCUUAGUGAGCAUGCCGGGAGUUCUAAUGCUUUCACAAGUGGAGAACAUACCAACUAUUACUUUGAUGUGUCACAUGAACAUCUAGAAGGUGCACUAGACAGAUUUGCCCAGUUUUUCUUGUGCCCUUUGUUUGAUGAAAGCUGCAAAGACAGGGAAGUGAAUGCUGUUGAUUCUGAGCAUGAGAAGAAUCUGAUGAAUGAUGCUUGGAGGUUGUUUCAAUUGGAAAAAGCUACAGGAAACCCUAAUCAUCCCUUCAGUAAAUUUGGAACAGGGAACAAACUCACUUUGGAAACUAGACCAACCAAAGAAGGAAUAGAUGUACGACAAGAGCUAUUGAAGUUUCAUUCUACGUAUUAUUCAUCAAAUUUAAUGGCUAUUUGUGUCCUAGGAAGAGAAUCCUUGGAUGAGCUGACUUGCUUAAUUGUAAAGUUGUUUUCAGAAGUAGAGAAUAAAAAUGUCCCUAUACCAGAGUUUCCUGAACAUCCUUUCCAAGAAGAACAUCUCAGGCAACUUUACAAAGUGGUACCUAUUAAGGACAUUAGAAAUCUUUAUGUCACAUUUCCUAUACCAGACCUUCAAAAGUACUAUAAAUCAAACCCUGGCCAUUACCUUGGUCAUCUGAUUGGGCACGAGGGCCCAGGGAGUCUUUUAUCAGAGCUUAAAGCCAAAGGUUGGGUAAAUACUCUUGUGGGAGGACAGAAGGAAGGUGCCAGAGGUUUCAUGUUUUUCAUCAUCAAUGUGGACUUGACAGAGGAAGGACUUUUGCAUGUUGAAGAUAUUAUUUUGCACAUGUUUCAGUAUAUUCAAAAACUACGUACAGAAGGACCUCAAGAAUGGGUUUUCCAAGAGUGCAAGGAUCUAAAUGCUGUGGCAUUCAGAUUUAAAGAUAAAGAACGACCACGAGGUUACACAUCAAAGCUUGGAGGAAUGUUGCAUUAUUAUCCUAUAGAAGAAGUAUUGGCUGCUGAGUAUUUACUUGAAGAGUUCAGGCCUGAUUUAAUAGAGAUGGUACUGGAUAAAUUGAGACCAGAAAAUGUUCGAGUUGCAAUAGUUUCCAAGUCUUUUGAAGGAAAAACUGAUCGAACAGAAGACUGGUAUGGAACACAAUACAAGCAAGAAGCAAUUUCUGAUGAAGUCAUUAAGAAAUGGCAAAAUGCUGACCUCAAUGGGAAAUUCAAGCUUCCAAUGAAGAAUGAGUUCAUUCCCACUAACUUUGAGAUUUUGCCAUUGGAAAAAGAUGCAACACAGUAUCCUGCCCUUGUUAAGGAUACUGCUAUGAGCAAACUGUGGUUCAAGCAAGAUGACAAAUUUUUUUUGCCAAAAGCUUGUCUCAACUUUGAGUUUUUCAGUCGCUACAUUUAUGCUGAUCCUCUCCAUUGCAACAUGACAUACCUGUUUAUCAGGUUAUUGAAGGAUGAUUUAAAAGAGUAUACAUAUGCAGCACGCCUCUCAGGUUUGGUCUAUGGCAUUGCAUCAGGAAUGAAUGCAAUACUUCUUUCUGUAAAAGGUUAUAAUGACAAGCAACAUAUCUUGCUUAAGAAGAUAAUUGAGAAAAUGGCCACUUUUGAGAUUGAUGAAAAAAGAUUUGAAAUUAUCAAGGAAGCGUACAUGAGAUCACUUAACAACUUCAGAGCUGAACAGCCUCACCAGCAUGCAAUGUAUUAUCUCCGACUCCUGAUGACAGAAGUUGCUUGGACCAAAGAUGAAUUAAAAGAAGCUCUAGAUGACGUCACUCUUCCCCGCCUCAAGGCCUUUAUAGCUCAACUGUUGUCGCGGUUACAUAUUGAAGCUCUUCUCCAUGGCAAUAUAACAAAACAGGCUGCAUUAGGAAUUAUGCAGAUGGUUGAGGAUACUCUCAUUGAGCAUGCUCAUACUAAGCCACUCCUUCCCAGUCAGCUAGUGAGAUACAGAGAAGUGCAACUUCCUGACAGAGGGUGGUUUGUGUAUCAACAGAGAAAUGAAGUCCAUAACAAUUGUGGCAUUGAAAUAUAUUACCAGACAGACAUGCAGAGCACUUCUGAGAAUAUGUUUUUGGAGCUCUUCUGUCAAAUUAUCUCAGAACCCUGCUUCAACACAUUGCGUACCAAGGAACAAUUAGGUUACAUUGUGUUCAGUGGUCCUCGUCGGGCAAAUGGCAUACAAGGACUGCGAUUUAUUAUCCAAUCUGAAAAGCCACCACACUAUUUAGAAAGCAGAGUUGAAGCAUUCUUAAAAACUAUGGAGAAAUGCAUAGAAGACAUGACAGAAGAGGCCUUCCAAAAACACAUUCAAGCUUUAGCAAUUCGUCGUCUAGACAAACCAAAGAAGCUGUCUGCAGAAUGUGCUAAAUACUGGGGAGAAAUAAUUUCCCAGCAGUAUAAUUUUGACAGAGAUAACAUCGAAGUGGCUUAUCUAAAGACCCUGACCAAGGAAGAUAUUAUACAGUUCUACAAGGUGCUGUUGGCAAUAGAUGCUCCCAGGAGACACAAGGUAUCAGUACAUGUGCUUGCAAGGGAAAUGGAUUCCUGCCCUGUUGUUGGAGAAUUUCCAUGCCAAAAUGAUGUGAACCUGGCACCAGCACCACCACUACCACAGCCAAGUGUGAUUGAAAAUAUGACAGAAUUCAAGCGCAGUCUGCCACUCUUUCCGCUGGUGAAACCACAUAUCAAUUUCAUGGCUGCAAAACUGUGAAGAGCCCCAGUGGAUGAAGAAAUGCAAAUCAUCAGUACUGACAUGGUUUCAGGAGAACUUAAUAAUGAACAAAAUUAUUAAAGAUCAUUAGGAUAAAUGGUUCUGUCCGUGAUGCAAGUCCUGAAUUCCUUCUUGAUUCAUUUGACAUUAGCUGUGUGUUAGGGAUAGAGAG